AAAAUAUUACACGACCCCACAGAAGUAGUAGUUGUUGGUGACAACACACCAGUUAUAUUUUCUUUUUUGUUUUCAAUUUCCAAACAAUUGAUUAGAACAUAUACAUGUCUUUAAAAUUGCCACGGUGUCCCACUUCGCACCGGCACUGAUAACAAUUCAUCGUUGGCGCAGUAGACCUGUCUAAGAUAAUGACUAUUGGUUGGGGAAUCGUCUCCACCCAAAAGUAGUAUGAAAACUGUCAACGUGGGUGCAUCACAUAACCUAGUACGCACUUAGUUUCUAAAUAAUUUCAUGUCGUGAAUAUGCGACACCGGCGGCAAUUAUAUUUCCACAUAAGUUUAUUAAUAGUUCUGUUAUGGAACGGAUCCAUUGUCCAUUCGCAAGAUGAGCAAGAGAAAAGUAUCUCCACAUCGAUAGCGGGCAUGGAAGAGCUUUUGAUGUCGGAGAAAAUUUUAAUCAAUACCGUUGAGAGAUUUGCCGAUGAGUUGCAGGCCAAAGUGAAUGCAUUGAAAAAUCUAGUUACAGUUUUAAGAAACGAAAACGAUAAAGCACUACAAAGCCCAGAAAAAUAUCUACAUAAUCCACUAAAUGGAUUUUCCCUGAUAAGGCGCAUGCAUUAUGAUUGGAAUAAUAUUGAAUUGUAUAUGACAAAACCCGUGGGUGAAUCCUAUAUUGAGGUAAUACGAAAAUAUCGCCAUGAAAUGCCAUCUACCAAUGAUUUGUUUGAGGCAUCCGAGGCCAUACAUCGUCUACAGACAACGUACGAUAUGAGAAUAGAUGAUGUCGUUCGGGGAGUUUUAAAUGGCAAGCAAUAUGAUGUUAAGUUAAGCGCGGUCGAUUGUUAUUUUAUGGGCCUCCAUUUGUCGGCAAAGAAGAAUUAUUAUUUGUCCGGUUUUUGGCUUUACAAUGCCAUUGAGACAUAUCAAAAUUCUGAUUACAAUACAAUCAUUGACUAUGGACUGGAUAAGCCAAAUGCCUUGUACGCCGAAGCUUUGGAAAAACAACUUCGUUACAAUGAUGCCUUAAUUGUCAUUAAAAAAGCCCUUAGCUUUCGUCCAGAUGAUGCUGACCUUACAAAUCGGAAAAAUCAAAUCGAACUGCAGGCAAAAACAUAUAAUGGACCUCCAAUAUCAUACUCCAAACCUGGACCCAGUGCCUACGAAGAGGGAUGCCGUGGAAAAUAUGCCAAUAAGCCAUCCAAACUACAUUGUGUCUACAAUACGACAACAUCGGCUUUCCUACGCUUGGCACCACUGAAAAUGGAAAUUCUCAAUUUGGAGCCAUAUAUGGUUUUAUUCCAUGACAUCAUAUCGGAUCAAGAAAUUAGCGAUUUACAAAAUUUGGCAAAGCCGAAUCUCAAAAGAGCCACUGUUUUCAACAAAUCCCAAGGCAAAUCCACAAUAGUCGAGAAGCGAACGUCGAAAUUUUCUUGGUUCCAAGACAAUACGUCAAAUACGACGAUACGUCUGAAUCAACGUAUACGCGAUAUGACUGGCUUCGAUAUACUGGGCUCCGAAAUGUUGCAGGUGAUGAAUUAUGGUCUGGGCGGCCACUACGAUACACAUUUCGAUUAUUUUGAUGUGCCAGAUACUUCUGAUGUUGUCCAACUGAAUGGCAAUCGCAUUGCUACGGUAUUGUUUUAUAUGACUGAUGUGGAACAGGGUGGAGCCACUGUAUUCCCCAAUUUAAAAACUGCCGUUUUUCCACGCAAGGGCACCGCUGUCAUGUGGUAUAACUUGGACAACAAACUUGAGGGAGAUCCACUCACUUUACAUGCGGCCUGUCCGGUUAUUGUUGGUUCCAAGUGGGUGUGCAAUAAAUGGAUACGAUCCAAGGCCCAGAUAUUUAGAAAACCCUGCUAUAAUUACAACAACAACAUUAUAGCAAAAAUGCAUUCCAAUGCAUGCUGGAUAACCACCUUCCUGCUAAUGCUAGCCACGCUCAACUCCAUCGAUUGCAUGACCGACUGGGAGAAAAGUUUUUCCACCUCGAUUGCGGGAAUGGAAAAUUUAUUAUUAAUGGAAAGCACCCUGAUAGCAAGUGUCCAACAAUUUACCGAAGAGUUGGAACAGAAAGUUCGCCGUUUGAAAAGUCUGCUCGAUGAGCUGCAAACGGAAAAUCAAAAGGGCCUUGAUAAUACGGAGGAGUAUCUGCACAAUCCAUUAAAUGGUUAUGCCUUAAUACGACGCAUGUAUUACGAUUGGCCGAACAUCGAAUUGUUUAUGUCUGAACCAAUUAAUAAUGCCCACGUGGAAGUGAUACAACAAUUACGGCCACAAAUGCCAAGCUAUGCGGAUCUUUCAGAAGCAUGUGAAGCUAUAUAUCGUCUGCAAAUAACAUAUGGUCUUGAUCCGGCGGAUAUGGUUGAGGGCAUUUUAAACAAUAAACAAUACAAUGUUCAAAUGAAGCCCCUCGAUCGUUAUUUUAUGGGCUAUUACCUGUUUGGUCAAGAGAAAUAUUUUCAUUCUGCCUAUUGGACUUAUCAAGCAAUAAUGUCCCACGAAGACUCGGAUUAUAAUGCCAUAAUGGAUUUUGGUUUGGAAAAAGUGUACGCUUUAUAUGGUGAAACGCUGGUAAAACAAAAUCGUGUCAAAGAUGCCCUGGUGGCUAUUCAACAUGCUUUCACAUUAAAACCGCAUGAUGCUCGAUUAAUGCAGCGCAGAAAUGCAAUUGAAUUAUUGGUCAAUACAACAACAGAUGAAGCGAGUGAGUUCCUUGUUCCCGAAGCAGAUCCCUAUCAAUUGGGAUGUCGUGGUUUCUACUCCAACUAUAUUUCCAAUUUGCACUGCCUUUACAAUAGAACAGCCGCGCCAUUUUUACACUUGGCUCCUUUGAAAAUGGAAAUUCUGCAAUUAGAUCCCUAUAUGGUUCUCUAUCACGAUAUGAUAUCAGAUAAUGAAAUUGAAGAAUUAAAAAAUAUGGCAAGACCUGAUCUGAAACGGGCUACUGUGUACAGUGAUGAUAAUAAACAGCCAAUUGUGGUUAGAACGAGGACAGCAAAGUCAACGGGAAUAGAUGAACAGAUUUCCGCCACCACAAGGCGUCUCAAUCAACGCAUAAUGGAUAUGACCGGUAUGGAUACGGAGGGUUCGGAAGCGUUGCAAAUAAUGAACUAUGGUCUCGGUGGCCACUAUGAUACACAUUAUGAUUUCUUUAAUGUUUCAUCGGGUCUUAAGGUGGUAAAGGAGGGUGAUCGCAUUGCCACAGUUUUAAUUUAUUUGAGCGAGGUGGAACAAGGUGGUGCCACAGUCUUUCCCAAUAUCCCCACAGCAGUUUUCCCCCAAAAAGGCUCUGCCUUGGUGUGGUAUAAUUUGAAAAACGAUCUGGAGGGUAAUUGGCUAACCCUUCACGCUGCCUGUCCUGUCUUAGUUGGCUCGAAAUGGGUGGCCAACAAGUGGUUACGCAGCAAAGCCCAAAUGUUUAGAAGGCCUUGUUACAAAUAAUUUAUAUUAAAUUGCGAUGAAUAGUUAAUUUUCUAUACAAUAUUAUUUAUUUAAAGCUAGAAGUAAUAAAAGCUAUCGAAUUUUUUUGUUUACUGCCUGUUGAAUAGGUUAAGUUAGGUCAG